UGAUCCACACCCAGAAGGUGGCAGUAAUGCACACUAAAAAGAUGUUUGCCAACCGCCAUAAAACGUCAUAAGAAAAAGAAGAAGAAGAAAAAAAAAAGAACGCUAGCUUAGCGAUCGAGCUAAUAGGUUCACUGUAUUUAUGUUGUAGCUAUUUGUUUCCUUCCACUAUAUUUGCACAACGACUAAAGAGUGUAACGUUACAUAUCCCACAUAAUGGACAGCGAAAUGUCUGACAUUGACCCUAUACCAGGGCCUGAGACUAGCAGUAUGGAGGGGGAGAACGCACCACUGUACUGUAUUUGCCGGAAACCAGACAUCAACUGCUUCAUGAUUGGCUGUGAUAACUGUAGUGAGUGGUUCCAUGGCCAUUGCAUUAACAUCACCGAGAAGAUGGCAAAGGCAAUCCGGGAAUGGUAUUGCAUGAGAUGCAGAGAUAAAAACUCCUCACUGGAAAUAAAAUAUAGAUCAAAGAAAAACCGAGAGAAGGAAGCUGAGCUUGAUAGAGGAUCUGACAGACAGUACAGCACCCCAAGUACUCCUGACUAUAAGAGUGAAAGACGACGUGGAUCUAAAGUGAAGCGUUCAGUCCGAAUGUGUGGGGAAUGUGAGCCCUGCAGAAGGACUGAGGACUGUGCCCAGUGUGACUUCUGCAAGGACAUGAAGAAGUUUGGAGGCCCCAACAAAAUCAGACAGAAGUGCAGGUUCAGGCAAUGUGAGGUUCGAGCCAGGAAAAUGCUGCGUGUGAAGGAUGAGGAAAUGUCUUUGCAAGAAAGGAGGGACAAUUCCUACCACAGACGGAGACGAUACUCCGAGGACUACGACAGUGAAGCGGAUCUCUACCAGCAGUACAAGGCAGCGGGAAUGAAAAACAACAUGGCAUGGAAUAGUGAUGAAGAUGAUGAGCCGCCUUUCAGUCCUGUCAUGCGUAAAAAAGCUGUGAAGGUGAAGCACGUGAAGAGACGGGAAAAGAAGUUUGACAAGAAAAAGGAGUCUCGGCGCCACAAGCAGAAGCAGAAGCACAAAGACAGAACCAGGUACAGUGAGAGGAGCGACCUCCGAGAUAGCACCGGACAGCGCCAGUGUCUUGGGCCAAGCUGUGUGGAGGCAGCGAGACCCAACUCCAAGUACUGCUCCGAGGACUGUGGCAUGAAGUUAGCUGCCAACCGGAUCUAUGAGAUCCUCCCUCAGCGUAUCCAGCAGUGGCAGCAGAGUCCCUGCAUAGCUGAGGAGCACGGUAAGAAGCAGCUGGAGCGCAUCCGUCGGGAACAGCAGAACGCCCGGCUGCGACUCACGGAGAUGGAGCGACGCUUCCACGAACUGGAAGGCAUCAUCGCCAAGGCCAAGCAGCAGGCAGUUCAGCAGGACGAGGAGGUGAAUGAGAAUGACAGCGAGGACACAGACCUGCAGAUUUUCUGUGUGUCUUGUAGUCACCCCAUCAAUCCAAAAGUGGCACUGAGACAUAUGGAGAGAUGUUACGCAAAGUAUGAGAGUCAGACUUCCUUUGGUUCCAUGUACCCUACAAGGAUAGAAGGAGCAACUAGACUCUUCUGUGAUGUGUACAAUCCCCAAAGCAAAACCUAUUGUAAGAGGCUUCAGGUUUUGUGUCCAGAACAUUCCAGAGAUCCUAAGAUCCCAGUGGAUGAGGUGUGUGGAUGCCCUCUGGUGAAGAAUGUGUUUGAGCUGACCGGAGACUACUGCAGGGUCUCCAAAAGGAAAUGCAACAAACAUUACAACUGGGAAAAGCUUAGAAGAGCAGAAGUGGACUUGGAGCGGGUCAGGGUGUGGUACAAGUUGGACGAGCUCUUUGAACAGGAGCGUAAUGUCAGGACUGCAAUGACCAACAGAGCUGGUCUGCUCGCUCUGAUGUUGCACCAAACUAUUCAGCACGACCCCGUGACGACCGAUCUCCGUAGCAACAAGGACAGGUAGUCUUGUUCUCUGAGCUGUGGGUCACUGUGCGUAAUGUGAGAUAUAAGUGUUGAGGAUUUAAAUUAACAUCGAAUGAUUUUAGAUUUUCUAACUAGAUGAUUAUUUUAAAAUGUUUGUAAAAUAGUGAAAUGUAAGAGGUAAUGAAUAUAUAUUUUCCUGAUCAACUGCUGCUUAUUGAAAACGGCUGUUUUUGGUUUGAUUGCCCUCAAUAAACACCUUAAACUUGCUUUGGGUU